ACAGAAACUCAACGCUACUCAUUUUGUUGCACAUUUUUGAAACUACCAAGAGAAAAUGGGCGAACGCUACAAUAUCCACAGUCAGCUUGAGCAUCUGCAGAGCAAAUACAUCGGCACAGGGCACGCCGAUACCACCAAGUUCGAGUGGCUGACCAACCAACAUCGCGACUCUUUGGCCAGCUACAUGGGUCACUACGAUAUCCUUAACUACUUUGCCAUUGCGGAAAACGAGUCGAAGGCAAGGGUACGUUUCAACCUGAUGGAGCGGAUGCUGCAGCCAUGUGGACCACCACCGGAAAAAUUGGAGGACUAAGCUAUAAUACAUAAACAAAAUAAUAAACAAAUGUAGAG